AUGCGCGAACGGUCUCCUGAUGCUGGUGUACCCAUUGAAGAACCAGAAGCCCCUUCCGAGCCUGUCCCGCCUGUGCAAGAGUCAAUCAGCCGGUCUGGUCGCAUUCGGCGGGCUCCUCGUGCUCUGCAGGACUUCUUACCAUCAUCUACUGGGGGACUCCCUGCGCAUCUCCCACGAGCACCUCCACCGCUACCUCUGCCGCCAAUUGCCUCAUCCUCGCACUCUGAAGACGAGCCGGCAUCUGAGUCCCUCAUCAAUCCAGCUCCAGCUCUCAUUGAACGACCUCCAAGUCCAACUUCUGGAUCAGGGCAACAAGGCCUGCAUCUGCAGACCGAGCCGAAUUGCUUUGGUGUCUUCCGAUCCUAUCCCACUAUCCCUGCUCAUGAACCGGACGAUGAGGCCUCUCUUGCGCAGCUCUGUGAACGCUCUCUGUGUAUCUCGGACCCCUCUCGUCCUCCGGGCCAUACUGUUCGUGGCUUCGGGCGUGUGUGCGCACAACGCGUUGCUGCUGCUGCUACUGGUGGAGAUCUGACGGCUGGCGCGGAUGUAAACCGUCCAUGGUUCUUUCCCUUCCUCAAUCCGAGCGUCUUCCUGUUGAUGGAGUGGGCGUAUACCGGCUCAAACAUGAAAUCAAAGUCAGAGAUUCAGCGUCUUGUAACGAAUGUCAUCAACAAUGCGAACUUCGAUCCUAACGACCUCCGCGACUUUGACAUCAAUCGGGAAACAACUCGCCUCGACAAGAGCGAUGUUGCAAGUCUCGACCUCCAGACGGUUGACGGGUGGUAUCGAGUCUCUAUCAGGGUCCCUGCGCCUCGGGAGCGUACCCAAUACACAACAGAGGCAGACGCUCCGCAUUUUGACAUCAACAAUGUUUAUCUACGGCGACUUCUUGACGUGAUCAAGGAGGCAGCGUCUGACCCAGAUGCUAGUACGUACAACUGGGUCCCAUACGAACUCUUCUGGGAACGACCUCUAUCUGCCUCGUCAAGUUCUUGCCCAUCAUCGUCUCAAGCGAAGGAACGGGUCCGUAUCUUCACAGACGUCAUGAAUAGCCAAGACGUGAACGAGGAGUACGAGCGUGUCUUGGCGUAUGCACGUGAACAUUGCAAUGACCCACCCGACGUCGAGAUAGGCCUGGUUCCCAUCGCGCUGUACUCUGAUUCGACACACUUGACAACCUUUGGAUCAGCAUCACUAUGGCCGAUCUACGCCUUUUUUGGCUUUGUGUCGAAGUAUGACUGGUACGAACAAACACACGGCGAACCGGCGACUGAAGAAACACACCGUUUCUGUCGGCGCGAAAUCAUGAACAUCAUCUGGACGUUGCUGCUUGACCCUGAAUUCCGAAAGGCGUAUGAGGAGGGUUUGCUAUGGGAAUGCGGCGAUAAAAUUUUACGCCGGUUGUUCCCGCGUUUCUUUCUUUACUCUGCUGAUUAUCCCGAGAAGAUUCUACUUGCAUGCAUCCGAUAUCUCGCCGAAUGCCCCUGCCCUCGGUGCUACGUUCGCAAGGAGAACAUUCACCUCAUGGGGACUGCGCGUGAUAUGCAACAGCGCGCUAAACACAUGCGCUUUGACACUGAGCCUAUCCAGUUCGACAUUGAGCUGACGCGCAGGUGGAUCUUCCAAGACGGCGUCCCCCCGAACAGCAAACGUAUCACCAAGGUUCUUGGGGCGCGAUCCUUGCUGCCGAUAAGGAGCGCGUUCUCGCGGUUCUCAUCAAGCUUACCAAAGGCCCUUCAAUUCAAUCAUUACCGACUGUUCGUCACUGACGUGUUGCAUGAGUUUGAGCUCGGUGUCUGGAAGGCACGAUUGGCCAGAUUCAAUCACAGGUUCCGGAACGUUCCAACAUAUGGGCAUGACACGAUCCGGCGAUUCAGCGCAAAUGUAUCUGACCUCAAGCAGAUGGCCGCCCGCAUGUAUGAGGACAUUCUGCAGUGUAUCAUGCCUGUUGUCGACGCCAUGCUCCCACCGCCCCACGAUGAUAUUGUCAUGGACCUCCUGUUUGCGCUUGCCGAAUGGCACGCGUUUGCCAAACUCCGGCUGCAUACUGACCGCACGCUCGACCUCUUCGAACAGAGCGUCAAGACACUCGGAAAGGCGAUGCGCCGUUUUGAAAGUGUGACGUGCGCAGCAUAUGACACGAAAGAGCUUCCUCGAGAGGUUGCUGCUCGGGGACGUCGUCAAACCGCAGCAGCUUCAAAGCGGAAGGGUCCCGGCGCAAGACCGAAGCGAUUCGCUCUCAACACAUACAAGUACCAUGCAAUUGGCCACGCGCCUGCGGUUGUCAGACAGGUGGGCACACUUGACAUUCCAUCGACCCAACGGGUAAGUGCUGCAAACGGCGAACAGGAACAUCGACGCAUCAAAAGGUUCUUCCCUCGCACGAACAAGAAAAACUUUGCAAUGCAGAUCGCCAAGCACCAGCGACGAGAACGCCUUCUCCACCAAGCCCGAAAGAAGUACGAGAAGGCGCAGGCAGCGCCAUUCGAGCAAACCCAGCACAAGUCCUCUUCAAGGACUCAGCCUCGAACUGAACACGCACCACCCUCGGUCACCUCUGAGCGACGAGGCGGUGUCCUUCCCAUCACUGCCGAAGAGCCUCUCGGGCCGACGCCACCAGAGGCUCGAUACCAUGUUGCGAACUCGCAACGACACUGGGAGGAUAUCCCGUCCUGGCUAGCGAAGCAUAGAAAUGACCCCGCUACAAGAAAUUUCAUACCACGCCUCAAGGACCACCUGCUUGCACGCAUGCUAGGCCGCCCUUUCGAGACGGACGAACAGCAAUUCACACCCGCUGAUCACCGCCGCAUUCGGAUCGAGAAGGACCGCAUCCGUGAUUCCAUCAACCCGCGGACACACCCCAACAUCAUGCUACUCGCGCAUGAAGAUGACAAUGACGGCCGCCAAGAGAAGCACCCCUACUGGUAUGCGCGUGUCCUAUCUGUAUUCCACGUCCAUGUGCGACUCCUCCACGUUGACAACACCCGCCCCGAUGUCGUUCGCAAGCUUGACGUCCUAUGGGUUCGCUGGUACGGCCUCGAUCCCGAUGCACCCGGCGGAUUCAAACAUCGGCGUCUACCCCGCCUUGGCUUUGUACCGUACGACGACCGGGAUGCUUUCGGCUUCAUAGAUCCUGCCGUCGUCUUGCGGGCCUCACACAUCAUACCUGCCUUCUCCUAUGGUAAGGUUGGUGAUCUCUUGCCGCCUUCAAGAUGUGCCCGGCGUGCAGAUGAAAAGGACUUCGACUACAUGUAUUACUAUGUUGGAAUGUUUGUAGAUCGCGACAUGGUCAUGCGGUACUUGCCGGGAGAAGCUCCAGGGCACACUGGGACCAUGCAAGACGACUCGGAAACUGCCAGGUCUCAGCAGCGCGCAGAAGAUCUUGGCGAUGAAGAUGGGUGGCAAGACGUCCUUGACGAAGGGAACCUAGAGGAUGAAGAAGAUGACUAUGGUUACCGAGACGAAGAGCCUCCGCCUAACGAGGAGGGUUCAGAGGGUAGUGGUGAUGAAGACUUGGAUGAGCAUGCAGUCGAGGAUGGGGAUUUGGGUCCGGAGGACGGUGAGGACUACGACGACAGUUGGGAGGAAGGUUUUGCACAGUUUUGA